AUGUCUUUUUUCAGUUCCAACAACAAUUCUCGAUCAGAAUCAGAAUCAUCAUUGCCACCAGCUCCAGAAUCACUGUCGGCAAACCAACUGCCACAAUCACUGCUAAUCUCAAAUAGCAGCAGCAGUAUUGCAAUGCCGCCAAGACCCAGAACUCCAUGGGCCGUCAAGGAUCACAGCUUGAAGCAUAUCCCCAAGUACUAUCCUCCAAUGGAUCCCAAUUGCACUGCCUUUGUUCCAGGGACCACUGCUUCCGUGGUGGCCUUUCGCAUUGCGGAAUGUUUGAGACAACAUAGUGUGGCUGUGGAAUAUGACAAUGAGUCUAUUACUGCCAAUGCCAUGACGGUGGAUCGGUGUCACUUUGAGAUUCAGCUAUGGAAGGGCAAGAUUACGCCCACUGUGGAUUACAGCCAUGGUGUGGUGGUGGAAAUUCAGAGACGAAGUGGCAAUACCAUUAGCUUUCAUCAAGUCUGUACGGCCAUUUUGCAAGCUGCUCGUGGAGAAUCCUCGGGAGCGGACCAUCGCAAGCCACAUCAAACGAAUGCCAUGGAAUACACCCACAUGCCGUCAUUGACCGCACGCCCACCAACGCUGUCUCGCAAACCGGCAGCCUCUACAUCCGAUGUGGUAUCUGCCAAAGUUACUUUGGAAAAGAUCCAGGAACAACUCAGAAAGGAUCGAUUGGAAUGCCAACAAUUGGCCAUGGAACGAUUGAUUCAAUUGACUACCCCCACGGUGUGCGGUUACUCCCACGCCUUGGAAACGAGCAAGAUUUUGCUGUCCGAGUCAUGGCUGUACCCAUACAUCAUUGCCGAGCAAGACGAGACGGAACCCAUGGAGGCCGACGAACCCAAAUCGACAUCCUUUGCUUUGCUCAAGCCAACUCUGAAGCGCUCUCUUUCUCCCCGCCUGACGAAUGACAACUUUUGCCAAAACGAAAAGCAACAUGAGACCCAUCUUCGAGCCUUUGCUUUGCGCGUCCUGUUUAACGCACUCUCCAAUGUCGUGGACGCCCAAAACAAGGAAGAUGCUCAGUUCUUGAGCAACUUGCUCCAAUCGCCCGAUUGCCCUUUGCUCGAAUCAAAAUUGCUAGAGACUUUGGCCGAAGACUUGCAAGGUGCCAACCGUCCACCCAGUGUGGUCGAAGCCAGUAUUGGAUUAGCAACCAUUCACGAGGCCGCCUUGGCCGUUGGGUGCUUGCGCAUCAUGGCGGAGAAUGCUCCCGCAGUCAAGCAAUUUUGGAAUUCAGAACACAUGCUGGAACGCUUGCAAGUGGCUCGUUCUUGUGGCCGAUCGACCCAUGCCUUUUUGCAAGCCCAAACAGACUUGGUGCACUAUUCCCUUACCGAAGAUGCCCGAUCCUGUUAG